AUGCCGACCCGCACCAACGCUGCGAGGGACACGAAUCCGAGCGGGACUGGUGCUCCACCACGCGCUCCGUCCAACAGCUAUCGUGACUCGACGCUAAACAUCUUCGCUCUGCUGCUUGUCUUCCGCAUCGUCAACGCACUAACCCUGCGCUCCUUUUUCCAGCCCGACGAGUUCUUCCAGUCCCUCGAACCUGCAUGGCAGCUUGCGUUUGGCCCCGCCAGCAAUGCCUGGAUCACCUGGGAAUGGAGAUCCCAAUUGCGGUCGUCCCUGCAUCCAGCGCUAUUCGCUGCCGUCUAUCGAGUCGCGGCACAUGGUGCUGACCUCUGUGGCUUGACCUUGCCUGCUAAAGCCGAACUACUCCUAGCUGCCCCGAAAGUUACCCAAGCCGUCUCUGCAGCCUUGCUUGAUUGCUACACAUGGAAACUUGCGGAAAAAGUCUACGGUCGUGGCAGUCGCACUGCCCUUACUACUCUUGCAUUGUCUGUCUGCAGCCCGUGGCAGUGGUUCUGCGCGACCCGAACACUAUCCAACUGUCUUGAGACUACCAUCACUUCUGUCGCUAUUUACUAUUGGCCUUGGCAGGGUGCAGCAACAGCUAGCAAGGGUCAGACGCAUAUUGCACACCACGACCUCGGCUCCCUCUCAGAGCUCAUGCUCGUGCAGGUUGCGCCUGUCACUGCUGUUGGCAGCGCUUGCGUGUAUUCUCCGGCCCACCAAUGCACUCAUCUGGCUGUCCGUAUCCGUCCCAGCUCUAUGGCAAGCCUCACAUCGGCUGCGCUGUGUGUUGGUCCGUGA